CACAGCGACUCUGAUUCAGAGCCAGAGUUUUCCUCCCUCUCGCCUUCCAUCCCGAGCGCCAUCCCUGUGACCGGAGAGUCCUACUGCAACUGUGAGAACCAGAGCGAAGCGCCCUACUGCUCCAGCCUGCACGCCCUCCACCGCGUCAAGGACUGCCAGUGCGGCGAGGAGGACGAGUAUUUCGACUGGGUGUGGGACGACCUGAAUAAGUCGACGGCCACCCUGCUGACCUGCGCCAACAUGGUGGGAAUUGGGACGUCGGAUGUGAAUCUGGACAAGUACCGCCACACCUUCUGCAGCCUGCUGGGCAAGGAUGAGGACAGCUGGGGGCUCUCCUACACAGGACUACUGCAUCACAAGGGAGACAAAACAAACUUCUCUUCGAGGUUUGGCCAAGGCUCCAUCAUCGGGGUGCAUCUGGACACGUGGCACGGGACGCUCACGUUCUUUAAAAACCGCAAGUGCAUAGGGGUUGCGGCCACUAAGCUGCAGAACAAGAAGUUUUACCCCAUGGUGUGCUCGACAGCAGCCAAGAGCAGCAUGAAGGUGAUCCGCUCCUGUGCCAGCUGCACGUCCCUCCAGUAUCUCUGCUGUUACCGCCUGCGCCAGCUCCUGCCCGACUACGUGGACACGCUGGAGGUGCUGCCAUUGCCCCCGGGACUCAAGCAGGUGCUACACAACAAACUGGGGUGGGUCUUGAGCAUGAACUAUAGCACGUCAAAGCCAUCUUCCUCCUCCUCAUCGGGAAGCGACUCGGACAGCUCCUGUGGCUCAGAUGCAGAGGCUUGCCAAAGGAAGAGGUGCAGGAGGACAUAGUGUCUCUGCAGAUGAACUGCUGUGAGGGAGUCGGGUGGGGUUUUGUUCUGCUGUCUGAAAGAGGCGGCCAGGCUUGAUGCACCUCAUUCUCGAUGGGGACUUCUACUUGCUUGCAAAGAUUUCUCUUAUGCUGUUGGAAAUCUUUAGCCUAAAUGUCCAUCACACGCAUUGAAAAGACCUAUUGACUCCAAGAGGUCCCAGCUCUGCGGAACAGGUAAACUGCAGCCAAAUAUCUAAGCUUCAUCUCCUGACUUGCUGUCAAAGCCAUCACCUCUU